UGUCAUCGUCGCCAUAAAUAAUACGCUUUGCAGCUACACACAACAGUCCAAUGGGAAUUUCCAGGAUCAAGUCACCCAGUGAGGAACAUCUGGUACGUAAUCGGGCGAGAAUAAAGAAUUUGACAUAAAAAAUUCAGAACUCUCCGAAAAUUCACGGAAACCAUAUUAUAUUUCUUCAAGUGACGUAAUUACACAUAUGCAGAUAACCACGGAGAAUCAAAAUAUCUUCCGAUUUUGCUGCUCUUCGAAAGAAUAUAUUUUCAAAAUCUCAGUUCACAAUUUUAAAGAAAAAAAAUACUUCGUUCUCGGCGAGUUUAAUUAUCGAAACGUUUACAUCUUCAACAACGGUAAUAAUAGCGUCGUUAUUGUUCAGACUGUUGUCAAUAUCUAGUAGUUUAUCGUACGCAGUCGCCAGAACGGAAUUUCUCUAUCAGCUUUUUGUUCCGAAGUGAGAUUUACAUUUUAUCUGUGUGUGUAUAAAAAUUAAUGUUUUCUAUUUUGUGAAAUUAUAUAAUAAUAUUCCGAUCCUCGAAUUUAUUAUUUAUAACAGAAUGCGAGACAACCGAAUAAAUAGAAUAAAUGAAUUACAUUCCGGUUCGAAUCCUUAACAGAAAACAAAUUGGCAUAUAUUCAUGUUUUCUCUUCUAUAGGCUACUUAACUGUGGCCUUCUGAGUCUAAGCAAUAUUUGCUUAUUACGAAGAGUGCGUUCAAUAUUAUCAUAAGCUGGGAACUACACGGUCACAUACAACCCUAAAUUUCAUAUGUGAAUACGAGUCUAAGUACAUAUGUAGAUCUGAAUCGCGUCUAUGUACAGUGAUCAAACAUGCAGAAAGACUUUGCAUUAUUUCAACAUCUAAGUAUAAUUAUCAAACUAAUCGUUUGCAUCUUCAAAACACGUUAUCAGAACGAAAAUCAGUUCAAGUACAUGCAAACUUCGAGUUUAAUUUAUUAGAACUCGACAAGUGUAAGAGUAAUCUUUACUUCCAAUUUAUAAGGAUUUUAUAAGAUCUGUUAACAUUUGCUCUUCUAUUUAGAUUAAUAUUUAAAAAUAAAUAUUUAAAAAAUAUUAACGUUUAUGUAUGUGUGUGUAUAUAUAUUAAAAUCAUUAAAAAAAAAAUUAAAUUGAUAUUAAUCGCUCGUGUAUGUAUUUGUGUCACAAUCAGUAAUGUCUCUCAUUAUCAAAAUCUUUUUCUUUCAGCUGAAAUGCGACAGCAGAGAAGGUACGUUCCGCCUGAUACUUUGCCAUGACAUAGAUAUUGAGAAAAUUAGCACUUUGACUAAUUGCUAUAGUAUAUUUCGUAAGCAAUAGAAAAAAAGAAGAAAAACUCCUUUCUACUUCGAAUAUCAUAAAUAACUCACUCAAAAAAAUAAUCUUGCAGCUUCAACAAAAAUUAUGUGUGUGUAAAAAUUAGCUGAGGUAGAUAAAUGAUUAGCAAAUACUGUGAUAUGUACAUGUGUUGCACUUAAUCAAUCUAACUGACAGAAGCAGAAUUUAUAAACUCUAUACGUGACAGCUAAAAUUCAGAUACAAAAAUCAGCGAUACAUUUUGGUUGGUGGCAUCAAGAAAUCUGCCUCUAUCAGCAAAACAUUUUUUGGGGUGCUUAUCAUUCAAUAAAUGAAUAUUUUUUAAACGUGUUAUAUCUGAAUACUAGUUAUGGUUUAAAUGCAAAAAUCUAAUUGAAAUGGAAUACAUUGUAAUACAUAAUCAUAGUUGUUUCGUCAGAAAAGCAGUGCAAAAUUUAAAAAACAUUUUAGAAUAAAAUAAAAUUGAGCAAAAACGGAGAAAAAGACAUGAAAAAGAAAGAAAUACAUACACUUAAUAAUAUAUUAAAAACUAUAUUUUAGUAAACGUAACGCACAAAGCUUUUAAGGCAUUUAUGAUAUUAUCUAGUAUGUUUUUCGUAUUUCAACGAAGUCGACUCCCCUCCUCUUCCACCCGGCAGUCUCUUGUCGCAAUCGUUGUUUGCUCGUGAUCUCUCUCUCUCAAGAUCAAGAGAAAUCUGACCGAUAUUCAUUGUUCCGAGAGGAGCAAUGGGAACGCCUCCGUCACUGACUAGAACAGUGAAUCAAGCGUUAACCACCACUGACGUGAUCGACGAAAUUCUCUUAAAAUUUUGUGGUGCCAAUCACAGGAGUCGAAUUUCUGAGGGCAACGAGUAACGUGUUCCGAGACUAGUGCCUAUCUCCUAAGGUCGACCUGUCUGUUAAUGCAUAAUCGAUUGAUCUCAUGUGAACGAAAGCGCGAGGAGAUCCAGUCGUUGAGUUUGAACGGACAUGAAUCAGUGAAAUGAAUCUUUGGACUAGCGAUAAAUAUUAUUGUGCUCGAUAGUUCUCACAUUACACAUUUCUCCUCUCUUCAGUUCUGUCGCAUAUCAAUUCGCAGGAUAUCUUCUAAUCGAGUUCGAAUAAGAAAAAAGAUUGCAGUAUUGUAAGAAUUCAGGUAUGAAGAAAAAUUACUUAAAUUCCUUCGUACAUACACAUAUUCAAACGUUUGACACAACGGAAAAUUUUCAAUGUCAAUUAAAUCAAUUUUUGACGUGAAUGAGACACUGUUAGUUAAUAAAUAGUCAUAUUUUUAAAAUCGCAAACAUAUUUUUAUGAAUUCUUUAAUUCGAACAUUAAAAAUUUUAAUGUUCUUUUAAAUUUUUUUCUUUUAAAUCUAAAUUUUAAAUAUUCUAAAAUAUUUACAUUUAAAGUCCCUCCUUUCAUCAUUCGCGGAUAAGCGAGUUACGAUAAUACAGUAAGGACAGACAACAAAUAGGGCAAUGACGUGUAAUGUCGCGAUGUUAUCUUAAUUGAUCAUUAUCAAUUGCCACUUUACUGAAUAUACACGCCCGUAAGAAAGCGUAGAAAGAAAGAGAGAGAGAAAGAUUUAGUGUCGACAAGUGUAUGUUGAACUCGUUAUCAUUGGCACCAACGUAACCGUAUUGCGAUAGUGUUAAUGGCUGGCAGGCAAUGUGUCUAUCCGCGCGAUUUGCCCUCUCGCGAUACAUGAUGACGCGCAUCACGCCAUGCGGAUCCGGAGAGAACGGCAGGCACGUCACGCAGCGAGCGAAUCUUUAAAUUCGUUGCGUACCGCGUGAAGGAAAUUGCGAUUGCCGCACGUGUGUUGCGGGAAAAUGCCGCGUGUAUUGCAUUAUGUGCUCGUUUAUUGUCACGUACGUUUCGAGAAACCGCGCACACAUUCAUUUAAAUAAAUAUCGACUCCGGCGCGUGCGGCAGCGGUUAGCGCAGUAUUCGGACGGAAUUCAACUGGUCGGACUACUAAUUUGACCACCGUCACGUUUGUUCUCGCUGUUUCGUACAUCUUGUAUCUAAUAUAUCAUUAUGGUGAAAGUUAUCGUACGUUAUAGCAAGUGUGCUGCGAUCAAUAAUCGUCAAAUCGGUGUAUGACAAUGUACUACUUGAGCGACGAUAUGUCGACGACUGGCCCGGAAUUGAUGGUCAGACGACCAGUCUACCAGCAGGAUGAACUUAAUCACUUGUGCAAAUAUGUAAAGCCUAAGAGAAUCCUUUGCAAUGAGAUGUCAAGACGAUGCAAAAAUAUCAAGCCAGUUGCACUUUUAAAAAAAAUGAUACCUUUGACCGACUGGCUUUCUUCGUACGAUUGGAAAAAUAAUAUCUUAGGAGAUAUUGUUGCUGGAAUUACUGUUGCUGUGAUGCAUAUUCCACAAGGUAUGGCGUAUGCAAUACUGGGUAACGUUCCGCCAAUUGUCGGUAUAUACAUGGCUUUCUUCCCGGUUUUGGUGUAUUUCUUUCUUGGCACAUCCAGACACAAUUCUAUGGGUACGUUUGCGCUCAUCUGCAUGAUGACUGGCAAAGUCGUUACAACAUACAGUAGCACUGCAGUUUCGACAAAUAACACGUCAGCCGAGAACGGCACCUUAAUUUCCGACGUAAGCCAUCAAUAUUCGCCAGUGGAAGUUGCAACCGUAGUUACAUUCACGGUUGCCGUUAUACAGUUAGGAAUGUACGUGCUGCGUUUGGGUGUAAUCUCAUCUCUCCUCGCGGACAGUCUCGUAAGUGGAUUCACAACUGCAGCAGCGAUGCAUGUAUUUACAUCGCAAAUAAGGGAUCUCUUUGGAUUGAGCGACCUACCACGGCGCAGGGGUGCAUUCAAGCUUAUUCUCACUUACGUAGAUGUUUUCAACAGUAUGAAUAACAUCAAUACAACAGCUGUGAUAUUAUCUUGCAUUACUAUUUUAGCCAUUAUGUUCAACAACGAAGUUCUUAAGCCAAGGGUUGCAAAGUUAUGCCCCUUUCCUAUUCCGAUAGAAAUGCUCGUGGUAGUAAUCGGUACCGUUGUAUCGAUGCAAAUGAAUCUUACAGAUACUUAUAACGUAAUAACGGUUGGCAAUAUACCAGUAGGAUUGCCAGUCCCGUCUGUACCACCGUUGUCUCUUAUACCCAACAUUUUAGUAGACAGUUUCGUGAUUACUAUGGUCGCUUACACAAUAUCAAUGUCUAUGGCAUUGAUUUUCGCGCAGAAGGAGGGUUACGAAAUCGAUUCUAAUCAAGAAUUGAUGGCUCAGGGAAUGGGAAACCUUGUAGGCUCUUUUUUCUCCUGCAUGCCGAUUACGGCUUCGCUGUCCAGAUCAUUGAUUCAGGUAACUGUAGGUGGACACACACAGCUAGCGAGUUUGAUAUCAUGUGGAAUCCUGGUGAGCGUAUUGCUAUGGAUCGGGCCAUUCUUUCAACCUUUGCCACGAUGUGUUCUAGCGAGUAUAAUUGUAGUGGCGUUAAAAGGGAUGCUGAUAAAGGUCACCGAGUUCAUGAAAUUUUGGAGAUUGGAUAAGACGGAUGCCGUAGUUUGGGCUGUCACUUUUAUUGUCGUAGUGCUCUUUGACGUCGAGUACGGAUUAUUAGUCGGCGUGCUUCUAUGCAUCGGAAGGUUACUUCUCCUCGCGAUGCGACCUUACACGUGUAAGCUCGCGCAAGUACCAGGCACUGAGCUCUACUUGGAUUUCAAAAGAUACAAAGGAACUGUGGAAAUUCCCGGCAUCAAGAUCUUCCACUAUUCCGGGACCCUGAAUUUUGCAUCUAAGCAAUAUUUUCGUGAGGAAGUGUAUAAUAUUGCAGAGAUAGUACCGCAAAAGGAGCUACAAAAACGUUUACAAGCCGCAUGCAACGGCUCAACGGCGGAACAAAUUAAAAAGCUACGUAUUCUCAUAUUGGAUUUCACCGCAUUGUCACAUAUCGAUCUGGCAGGCGCAAAUGUGUUACGAAACAUUGUUGAUGAAUAUUGCAACAUAGACGUGUCUAUUUACAUAGCAGGUUGUUCCGGUCCCGUGUACGAAAUGAUGAGAAAGUUCGAUUUGACUGUGUAUAACGAGAACCACUUUUUCGCCAUGUUCCCCACCGUUGCUGAUGCGGUACAUUUCGCACGUUCUCACGGUGAAGUGCCAUCGACACCAACAUGGAGCACUUGCAUUCACGACGAGAAUUAUAUCAGCAGACUUUGAAAUUUGUGAAACGAGAAGUUGCUUAUAUUACACCACCGAAAAGCGUAUCGUCAAACGCCUUUAUAAUACCGUGAAUAUUUACAUGUCUUAUCGCGAUUAUUCACGUACUUCACACACAAUGCAAAUUAUUUAUUUAAGGUGAUAAUAUUCGGUGCUACACUCAGAAAAAAUCAUUAUUUUAAUUAAAUCUUUUAACUUGACUAAGUUUCUGCAGUUUAAAUUCUCAUGCAUUUAAUUUAAAUACUUAAAAUACUUAAACUUUAAUUAAAAAAUUUACAUAUUUAACUAAAAGACAUAAAUAUUUAAACUUUAGAAAGAAAUUUAAUUAAGUUAAAAAAUUUAAUCAAAUUAAUAACUUUUCAGUAUGCGUAUUUUCCAUAAUGACCGUUCGAUCAUUUACUGACAAUAAUGCUAUAUAUAUUUACGAUUUAGCAAAAUUUCGCGUCUGUAUAACGAUAUAUGGUUAAGAGUUUAAAAUAGACCGCAAUAACAAAUUAUUGGAGCAAUAUUUCCAAAUUGUUAUUAAAAUAUAAAAUUUUCUUAAAAAAUAUAUAAUAAACAAUAUAAAAUCAUGUGCAUAUACCAUUUAUAUGUGCAUUAUUUUAUAAUGUAAAGGAUAAAGUUUAAGAACUUCUUUUCUGUAUUGUGUGGAGGAGCAUCGUACGAUUACGAUGUGGUUAAGAAAAUCUUAUGACGAAGACUCUCAAAAUAGUACAAGAACAUAAACCGAAGAAUAUAUCGCCGAAUAUAUUUGAUUCAAAUAACAGUCUAACAAGUUCUAUUUGUAUCUUAACAGAAAAAUGUCAAAGCUGCAGAACUAAUUGUAUUACUUUCAAAUGUGAGUCGUAUCAAAAAUCAACUUUUGUUUUCUUUCAUUGCGUCGCUUAUUUAUUGUUACAAUACUUAUUAACGUUAAUUAUUUAUAUUUAAGUUGGCAAGUUUACUGAUUAGUAAAAUUUUCUUACUAAAGAAAAAAUCAAUAUUGAUUCAUUCGCACUGACAGAUCCUCUAUUAAAUGUAAAAUGUUUAACCAGUUAAAACUGGUGAAUGUCAAUCCGAUUUAAAUGAGAAUUUUGUAAUAAAAUCACAUCAAAUGCAUUUAUUGCUCAAAUAAAUGACAUAGCAGUCAAUUUAUUUGACAGUACUCAACAA